GACCUGAGCAUGCGGACGCUCAGCACACCCAGUCCAGCAUUAAUAUUUCCACCGAAUUCCACCGGUUUCCAGAAUGGCAGAGGGUCGUCAACAUCUUCAUCCUCAGUCACUGGGGAAACUGUUGCCAUGGUCCACUCGCCGCCUCCAACCCGUCUCACCCAUCCCCUCAUCCGGCUGGCAUCCAAACACCAGAAGGAACAGGCCAACAUAGACCGGCUGCCUGACCACUCCAUGAUCCAGAUAUUCUCCUUCCUGCCUACCAACCAGCUGUGCCGCUGUGCCCGUGUGUGCCGCCGCUGGUAUAACCUUGCCUGGGACCCCCGACUUUGGAGGACUAUUCGCCUGACCGGCGAGACAAUCAACGUAGACAGAGCUCUUAAAGUGCUGACCCGGAGGCUUUGUCAGGAUACACCCAACGUAUGUCUCAUGUUGGAGACGGUAAUAGUUAGUGGCUGCAGGCGGCUCACGGACAGAGGACUCUACACCAUUGCCCAGUGCUGUCCAGAACUGAGGAGGCUGGAAGUGUCUGGCUGUUACAACAUCUCCAACGAAGCAGUCUUUGAUGUCGUGUCACUGUGCCCAAACCUGGAGCACCUGGAUGUGUCAGGCUGCUCCAAAGUAACGUGCAUCAGUUUGACUCGCGAAGCUUCCAUCAAGCUGUCUCCCUUGCACGGGAAGCAAAUCUCCAUUCGCUACUUGGACAUGACAGACUGCUUCGUCCUGGAAGAUGAAGGACUGCACACCAUUGCCGCUCACUGCACUCAACUGACCCACCUGUACCUGCGCCGCUGCGUCCGCAUCACCGACGAGGGUCUCCGCUACCUGAUGAUUUACUGCACGUCCGUUAAGGAACUGAGCGUCAGCGACUGUCGCUUCGUCAGUGACUUCGGCAUGCGGGAGAUUGCCAAACUGGAGUCACGCCUCCGGUACCUUAGCAUUGCUCACUGCGGCCGAAUCACAGACGUGGGCAUCCGUUACAUAGCCAAAUACUGCAGCAAGCUGCGCUACCUCAACGCGCGGGGCUGCGAGGGCAUCACGGACCAUGGUGUGGAGUACCUCGCCAAAAAUUGCACAAAACUCAAAUCGCUAGAUAUUGGCAAAUGCCCUCUGGUCUCAGACACCGGCCUGGAGUUUCUAGCCCUCAACUGCUUCAACCUGAAGCGCCUGAGCCUGAAAUCAUGCGAGAGCAUCACCGGACAGGGACUGCAGAUUGUGGCUGCCAACUGUUUUGACCUGCAGAUGUUGAAUGUGCAGGACUGCGAUGUCUCUGUGGAUGCUCUGCGAUUUGUUAAACGACACUGCAAGCGCUGUAUUAUAGAGCACACCAACCCUGCCUUCUUCUGA